GACUUGCAUUCUCGCUUCCGGUGGGAUCCGCAACGGUUUCGGGUAGCCGCGCAAGCCAGAAGAAGGAGGUCUCUGCCUUUUGGUCGGAUGCGGCGAGAGAAUGGAGCUUUGGCCUCCACGUUCUCGUGAUUUACCCUCGGGUCGAGAGGAAGACCUUCCUCAGCCAAACGCACAGACUUACAAUGAUGGAAUUGAACUGGCUUGCCAACAACAAAAGGAAUUUGUAAAGAGCUCUGUAGAAUGCAAAUGGAAUUUAGCAGAAGCCCAGCAAAAACUUGGAAGUUUAGCAUUACACAAUUCAGAAUCCCUGGAUCAAGAACAUGCCAAAGCACAAACUGAAAUUGAUGAAUUGAGAUGGAGAGAAGAAGAAUGGCGGCGGAAGGAGGAAGUAUUAAGACAGAAAGAAAGACAGGAUUUAUGGAAUACAGAUUUUGUUAGCAAAGAGGUAUUUAACAAGAGUUUCAUUAAUCAAAAGAAAAGGAAAGAAACAGAAGAUGAUGCAUCUAAAUCAUUUAUGCAAAAGCACGAGCAGAAAAUUAGACAUUUCGGAAUGUUGAGCAGAUGGUUUGAUAGUCAGAGGUUUCUCUCUGAUCACCCAUACCUUGUCUGUGAAGAAACAGCAAAAUAUCUCCUUUUAUGGUGUUUUCAUCUAGAAGCAGAACAGAAAGGAGCUCUAAUGGAACAAGUAGCUCACCAAGCUGUAGUAAUGCAGUUCAUUAUAGAAAUGGCCAAGAGCUGUAAUGUGGAUCCCCGAGGAUGUUUUCGCCUAUUUUUCCAAAGAGCUAAAACAGGGGAUGAAGGCUAUUUGGAAGCUUUUAAAAAUGAACUUGAAGCAUUCAAAUCAAGAGUGAGGAUUUGUUCACAGUCCCAGAAUUGUCAAGCUAUGCCUGUUCAGAAUCCUUUAUUUCACACUGAUCUGAAUUGUAUAGGAGGGCUUGCAUCUCAGAACGCAGAGUCACUUCAAGGCUGCAGUUUGCAGGGCUUAGUGGUACACAGAGAGGAGGAGGAACCUAAAAUGAUGGAUACAGUAUAGGACUCUUAAGACUGAAGCCAAGUACAGUUCUUUCAAAGAGAAGAAUACGGCAAAUUUCUUAAGACUUCUUUUUAUGGGUGCUGCACUUUAUUUUGAAUGGGUUUUGUUUUUGUUUUUGUUUUUGAGAGGGUAAUGCAGAAACACAUGUCAUUUCGUUUCAAAAAAUGUGCUGCUAUCUUUCUUUCUACGUUUCUUACUUUUAAGAAAGGGAUGUUCUUGUAUUUUGCUGAAUGUGAAACUAUGUUUUCUGCUAUUACUAAAAUCUUGCCUUUUAAUUUUAGGAAUCAAAAUAUGAGAAAUCUGCACAGUUGCAAUGUUUACAAUUGAUUCUUUCAGGAAUCUGCUUUAAUCCUAUUAGAUACUACCCAAGAGUUGCUCUGGAUACUAAAGAUCAUUGUAAUGUGUUCUGUUGCUUGCAUACUAGGCAUUCAAAUCUGAUUUUAUCACAAGUAGCAAUAAAUCAGUGAUUGCUAUCAGUGUUGCAUAUCUGGAUGGCUCAGACAAAAGCACUGGCCAUUUAUACUACAGGGAUCGUUUUUACUGUUUUUGAACAAGAGCCUUCUGUAUUUUAUUUUGAUUCUUACAUAUCUUGAUGUGUAAGUGGCCAUAAUUGCCUCGAAUGGAAUUAUAACCAGUGUUUUCUGGAGGUACGUUCACGUGUGUCACAGAAAAUUUAACUUUUCUUAAGUCUUGGAAAAGAGAACUAUAUGACAAACAUUAGUCACUGUUGAGUGUUUCAGAUCAGGUGCCAAAUUCUGAUUAAAUUUCUUUUUUCAGUUAGAUCUUACAAACAUCAGCUUACAGCCUUUUAUUUGGUAGAUUGUUGAAUGCCUCAAAAGAAAUAAUCAGUGACCAUUUUAAAACCAAACCAAUCAAUAGCCAAGAAAUUGCUUUGGCACAGACUUGAUUCUAAAAAGUUGUCAUUAUAGACCAGACUGUUAUCUUUUUCUUAUGCAUUGUUUAUGAAGCCCAAAAACAUUUUUUCUGCCAUCCUGUCCAGCUGUCACUGCUUCUACAUUAAUCACCCUUGAUGUAUCAGUAUGUUAAAAUACAACUGUUGUAAAUGCUUUCAGUACAUAAUUAUAUUCAAUGAGUUUCAGUCUUGAAGCAUCUCAGUUCUAGAGCAAGGAAAGAACUAGAUUCUAUCCAAAAGGCCAUUAGGUUUGCUUGUUCUGCUCCUUUGUUGUUAUUUUACCUUGUGAGUGUGAGCAGGACAAAGCAUAUUUACCCAUGAUAAAGUCCCUAAGAAACAAUAUUGACAUGCAAGGUAGAGUGGCACUUGCACAAUCGGGUUUGUUACUUUCUUACCAUCCUAGGAAAAUUCUCUCCUUUAAACAGAACAUUGGCAGUGGGAGCUAUUGAGGUAAAAAUAACUGGGUCUCAAGUCAUGCACGCAGUCUUCCCAGAAUUGGCAGUUUCUUUGGAUCAUGGUCUUUGAAUAGAAUGUAAUUUAGUGUUAGUUUUCUGACUAAAGAAAGCCAUAAUCUCUUUGGGUCUCACUUAGUACCGUGACCUAGCAUUUAUAGUUAAAAAGAACAGGGGAUGCUUAUUUCUUUAAAUGCCAUAAGUGUGAAGGCUGCUCUGUCACUCUGGAUGUUCCCAAGGAUAACUUCAAAUAGUGAGGUGUUAAUAAGAGUAAAUCAUGAUUAGUUAUUUCACAUUUGUGCAAAUCUAAUCCAGAAAGGAAGGUAGUCAAAAUGAGACUCUGGAGACUGCUUUUAAAAUAAUAUUCAAUGUUUGAUUGAGAUGAUAGUUUUAUGCAUCAGCAACUCCCUUGAUUACCUAGAGUGUAUACUGAGUAAACUUCUUAAUUUUUAGGCCUCAGGAUCCAUGAAUAAUUUUUUUAAGUGUAGCAAGGGAAUAGCCAUGCUGGAAUUGGCUAAUUAGCAACCAGUGAUGUGUGACUUGGGUCCUGCUUAUUUUAAUUAUGAUGAAGUCUGGAUUUAACAAAUUGGUUCAGAUGACAAGAUCAGAUAGGCCUUGAUAAUAUGAACUGUAUAGCAUAAUGAAUCUUAUUUGCAAGAGACUAAAUGCUGAAAAUCUCAUUUAAGACCCUAAUUUAUGGAGAAGCUAUAUAGUAUGAUUUAAUCAGAUUUUUGUUUUGUCUGAAAUGAUAAUGUGUGAUUCUGAUUUGUCGCUGAUUGAGAAAAAAUGGUUGAUUAUGCUCACAGAAUAAUGGAAUGGAGGAAAGAAGUCUGAGGAGUUGAGAGUUGAAUUGAAGCAUCACUUUUUAAGUUCAGCAAGUAAUGUUUUUAAAUGCUUUCUUACAUUGUAACAAGGUAUAGUAAUAUGUUUUCUUAGUGAUCACCUUAUACAUUUCUCAGAUUUCUGGCAUCUCUUCUUUCUGUAUUUCUAAGUACCUUUGGAUGGUCAUGUUUUCAGGUCUGUGAGAGUAGAAAAAUAUGGUUGGGAGUAAAGACUGGAGUUCUUCUCAGUUGGGUCUGCUCUCAGGCAAAUUAAUCUGUAGGCAAAGUGGUUUGGAGCAAGCAGGAAAAAAGCCCCAAGUGAUUCAAGCAAAAAGACAAAAAGUAGCUAUUCUGGGAAGAUGCUUCUUCGAGUUUCUUCUGAAACUCAAAUAUAACAAUUAGGGAUGGUGAAACAAAACUAACCAGUAUUUCUUUCAAAAACAACAACAACCCUUCAGUGGAGCACAGGGUCAUUCUGUUGGAAUUCCUCCCUAAAUAGUCUUAAAGCAGAUAUAAAAUGGCUUUUAGAGGGUUCUUUGCUCUCCAUCUGUUUUAAGGAUAUUCUUUUGGAAUCUGGCAACUCUAAUCAUCAAAACAUUGAUUUCUAGCCUAACAACCUGGCUGCUAUAAAUCAUAAAUACCAUUUCUUGCAUUAAUUGGGGAUUGAACUUUUCCCUUCAGUUAAAUAAACAAAAAAUUACUUCACCUGAAACUUGAGCCACAAGAAAUGGAAGGGAAUAUUACUGUUAUUUUGGGAAGGAAACAUGAGUUAGAGAUCACUGAAGUUAAAGAAACAGGCAACACAUGAUUGAAGUUCUGUAAACUUAGCAGAUUUGCUGCCUUGCUAUUUUUAUUUACCUGUGUGGGCUUUCCCAUUUCUUCUAUGUUAUCCUUGUUAAGGAUCAUGGAAUUUUUCAGUUCAAAUGCUUGCAAUCUGAAAUAAAUAUACACAUUUCAGAAGCUCAUCCAACUAAAUUCAGAUAUAGUCAGCUGUUAACUUGUUGGAUUUUCAAAGGAAUCUUCUUGAGAGGGUUUUGGUUUUUUUUUAAAUAUACUUUACAAAUGUAUCUGUCAGUUGCCCUAAAUAUUGCCUGCUAACUUUAAGCCUCACAUCAUAAAAGUGGUGACUUUCUGAAACCUGCAUUCCACUUGAAAAUGGACAGAAUUGACUGUGUUUUGAUUGUGCGUUGCAAAAUUUGCAAAAGCCAGUCUCCUGAAAUUUCUAAUGGAAUUCUAAUUCAAAUGCAAGUGGGCUGAGAUAUUUAGGAUUUUUUUUAAAAAAAUACAUUUUUAGUGAAAGCAAUAGAAAAGACUUCUCCAUCUGGUUCCUUCUGGAUACAUUGAAUUGCAUUGUUUAGAAUUUCCAGUAACUAUGAGCAUGCAGAUCAGCAGUUUUCAGACCAAUCCCAACACAGUGUCAGCAACAAGUUUGUGAAAUGGCCUUUAGCUACCUAUAUUAAUACUGUUGUGCAUUUAACCUAACAUUGCAGAAUCAGUGGCAAGGAUCAGACCAAAUUAGAUGAAAACAAGACAGCAACAAGGAUAUUAAUUAAAGUUGGGAUGGUAGAAUGUUUUUACAUGAAAUGUUGAAUGUACAUGAGAAAGCAGUAUCUACUUUCAUCCAUCUUAUUAUCUCUGUUACUAGAAAGAACGUUCUGAACUCAGCUUAUUUCCAAGAUGGUAGGUGAGCUGGGAAUAAAUUUUUAAAGCAGUGGGGCACAAGGAAGCAAGCUGGCAGAAGAGAAAUUGGUUCCAUUUCAUGUAAACGUUCAGACCAGCCAUCCACUGGGUUUAGACAAAUGGCUGUGACUGCCUAGUCUGGCCCCCUAUUUUUCUAACGAUUAAGAGUAUAGGUAUUUUAAUGUUUGAGGGCAAAAGUAACAAGUACAAAAUCUGAGCAUGAAAAAGUGCUAGUUAGCUGGCUUGCAAAAUGGGUUGGGAAAUAAUAUACAUCUCUAGAUGGGAAGUCCUGUUAUGGGCACAGCUAGAGGAAGAAUUAAACUUCUGUAAGUUAAGAACUGUGUUUUAUCUGGCAGCAUUGUUUUGCCUGUGUUUUUUUCCAUGCAUUUUUUUUUCUUAGAGAACUAUUGGUGUAUUCACCUUCUUAUCUUAACACCUGUUUUUCACAUACCAAUCAUGUUUGUUCUGUUGGUGAUUGUUUCAUUAGUAUGGUUUUUACAGCUAUUGUAUAACCCAAAGGUUCUGAAACUCUGGCCUAUGAGCAACUUUCUGUUACUCUGUACAGUUUUGAGACAGAUGAAGUCAGUGUCUGUAUUCUGAAUUUAGCCCUCCAUUUGACUGAACUUUUGGGUAACAGAGAGAGGCUGUUUUAAGCAAGGCUCUUACCUGUGUGAGACGGGAUUUUGAUUUCUUGCCGUCUUCAAAUUCAAAUACAGAAGGAUCAACAGUGAAACUGAUCUCAAAGCUAAAACUGACAAAGGUUAUACCUGACAUCGUAGUCCCUUGCUCACUAAAAAGGUGUGUCCAUUAAAGGCAAGAUUACAUUUAUUAAAAUACAAGUUAUAUUUGUGCUUUGAUUUGUAGAAUAAACCAUUUUCAGUUAUCCAUAGCCACCCUGUAUAUUUCAAGUACUUGGUUGAGGGGGAAAGUGAGAACUGCUGAUUUACGUAAUUGAGUUCUAGCCAAUUUGCCUUGUAACUUCAUUAGAUUGUUCUAAAGCAGUGGCUCCAAGUCUUGGCAACUUCCAGAUGUGCAGACCAACUCUUGUGAUUCCCCAGCCAGCAUGGCCCUUGCUGAGAGUUCAGGGAGUUGAAUACAUCUGGCAGUCACCACUGCUGGGGAGCACUGUUCUAAAGCCUUAAGAGGAGGGCAGUGUGGCAAAUUUUGCUUCAUGAUCUGAAAUAAAUUGUAAACUAAGAUUGCCCCAUAUGAAGUUUGGAAUUAAAAUGUAAGUUGCUAUUAAUAAAAUAACUGUACAUUUGC